CGCAGAUCUGCACUGUACCACCACCACCGAGACCACGACCACGACCAAGAAGUGUGUCGCUGAGGAGGAGGAAAGGUGCUGCUGAGUGUUGCUGAGUGUUGGCUAGGACACAACACCCCCACCACACCGCCAUGAACGUGCUGAGGCCCCUCCACCGCCUGGCCAGGGCCAUGAGUGCGGUGCAGCAGGUUCCCUCGGCCUUGGGCGUUGGAGUCCCAAGAAACAGCAGAGGCCUCGGCAUGAUCCCCAUCGUGAUAGAACAGACCGGCCGAGGCGAGAGAGCCUACGAUAUAUUUUCCAGACUCCUCAAGGAACGUAUUGUGUGCAUAAUGGGCCCGAUCGACGACAACAUUGCAAGCCUGGUGAUUGCUCAGCUCCUCUUCCUGCAGUCUGAAAACACCAAAAAGCCCAUCCACAUGUACAUCAACAGCCCUGGAGGAGUGGUGACGGCCGGGCUGGGGAUCUACGACACCAUGCAGUACGUCCAGCCACCCAUCGCCACCUGGUGUGUGGGUCAAGCCUGCUCCAUGGCCUCCCUGCUGCUGGCCGCUGGCUCUCCAGGCAUGAGACAUUCUCUACCCAAUGCCCGCAUCAUGGUGCACCAACCCCAUGGUGGGGCUCAUGGCCAGGCAACAGACAUUCAGAUACAAGCCGAAGAGAUUUUGAGGUUAAAGCACAAAAUAAACCACCUCCUAGUGAAGCACUCUGGCCUCCCAAUUGAAAAACUUGGCCCCAUGAUGGAGCGUGACAAGUUUAUGAGUGCUGACGAGGCCAAGGACUUGGGACUCAUCGAUGAAGUGCUUGCCAGUCCGCCCAAAGUGGGAGAGUCCACACCACCAAGCCCAGAGUGACAGGAACAGUGUUACCGCUUACCCCUCCACCUCCACCCUUACCAAGAGCAGUGGACGGUAAGGUGGCCAGUCUGUGGUGAGUGCUGUCAAGCAUUGAGUUCUGGGAGGCAGCAGGAAUGUGUUUGAUCUUCCUCAGUCAGGGGAACAUGAACACAAGUGGUUUGUACAUGGCUAGGAAAAUUGUUAAAAGUUAUAUUGUGUGUGACCUUUGUGGUAUUAAAAUAUUUUAAAAUAG